AUGCGAACAACAGCUGGAACUUCAUCAUAUAAUGCACAAGCCCAGGUCGUAACCACUCUUCGAAGUGGUAAAAAGAUAAACAUUAGGGUUGGGGAGACAUUAAACCAAGAAAAGAGUAGAGAGAAGAUGAGGGCAGAACCUGAAAAUGAACCAUGUGACCCUCCUGCCCCUAGUCCGGUAGCAAAUACCAAGAUACCUAUCCUCCCAAAAGAGAAAGUAUUUACUCAUUACAUCCUUGUACCUUACCCUACAGCUCUUCAUGCACCCUUCGAGUCUAGGAAGGAGACCACCACUGAGUCCAUCAUGGACACAUUUAGACAAGUUAAGGUCAACAUCCCUCUCUUAGAUGCCAUCAAACAAGUCCCUCCAUACGCCAAGUUCCUCAAGGACCUAUGCACACAAAAUCGAAAAUCAAGGGUGCACAUAAAUAAACAAGUGAAGCUGACCAAGCAUAUGAGCUCAAUUCUUGUAGUUCACCUUCCUCCUAAACUAAAAGACCCUGGUGCUCCAAUUAUUUCAUGUGUAAUUGGUGAUUACAAUAUUGAUAGGGCUUUUUUGGAUUUAGGAGCAUGUGUGAACCUCUUCCCAUACUCGGUGUUUGAGAAAUUCAAUUUAGGAGAGCUUAAGCCCAUCCCAGUCACCUUAAGUAUCACUGAUAAAUUAGUCAAAAGGCCCUGGGGUGUAAUAGAGAAUGUCUUGGUCGAAAUCAAGGAGUUCUACUAUCCUGUUGACUUUAUAGUCUUGGAUAAUGAACCUACAGAACCAACCAAGGACCAGAUCCCCAUCCUAUUAGGACAACCUUUCCUAGCCAUGGCUAAUGCUUGCAUUCAGUCAAGGAUUAUGGAUGUGUCCUUUGGCAACAUAUAG